GUCUGUUAUACGCGCAGUAGGUCUAGACUCUCGGUCCUACCUUGAAUCCCAGAAGACUGAAGACCUUUUCGCUCUGUUUGUGCAAAGUGUAUGUUGGGAUGAGUUCGAGACCUGUACCACGAAGAGAGAGUCCAUGGGGGUUGCCGGAGGGAGAUAAUCGGCAACCGCAGGCGCACAGGUGUAAUGAUCGAGUUGAGGAUGUAAUCCAGGCUUGCUUUGAGGGAAACCCAUUUAAAACAGUUCCAGGCCCUUUCAAGCUCUUCUGGCAGUGCAUGCGUUCUAAACCAGGGACUUGGCUUUGGGGAAGACGAUUGGUAGAGGACGUAUGGUGGAUGGACUCUAAAUGCUGGAGAAUAAGGGAGGAACCAACAGAUCCAUUUUAUUAUUUGCAGCUGGAUCCCCCUAAGAGAGAAGAGGCCAAACUCGAGUGAAGCUUUAACUAUUAUAAGGUUUGGUUAAGACAUGAAGAAUCGUCUUUCCAGCUGCCUUGACAUUGUUAAUAAAGACUUUCCUUGGGAUUGAGACAGUUUGAAUGUCAGUGCUGAAUACUGGAAUUCAUUGUAUCAUUGGCUUGUUAGCUCCUUGUCUAAUGUUUUGUUGCCUUGCUGAAGCAAGGACAAGUUUAUUUGGAGCAUAAACUGGAAGUAGCUCAUAUUGGAAGGGAAGUUCUGUAUUUUGUAGGAGUAAUCAAAUGUGUCUAUAAUAAAAAGAACUCAGCAUAUAGUGGACUGAA